AGGCCAUCCACUUUCAGGAUGAGAAAUUUUGUGGUUUUCGAAUGAUUCUACCUGUUACUCAUUCUGCUCUGAUAUAUGCGUUCUGCAUAAAUGCGUCUCGCUUGGAAACGCGCAUCGCAUACCAAAAGCCACGGAGGCUGUGGGACCUGUCUCGCGCGGCAUGUAAAAUGCGACGAGACACGACCAAAAUGUCAGCGUUGUAUCCGCGCGGGUCGUGAAUGUGCUGGGUACAAACCGCCUCCUCGUUCUACUACGCAACUACGCAGGAUUUGUCCCCGCCCAUUGAAUCCAAUCAGUCACCUGAGCGAUCAUGAGGGCAAUGCCUUGGACUUUUUCCGCCGUGUGACAAUAAUACAGCUCCCUUGUGCAUCAGCAACCGAGACGCCUUGGGAGAAAAUAGCUUUAGAUCUGGUUUACCGACAACCAGCCAUCGCGGCGGCAGCAUCAGCAUGUGCCGCUAUGCACCGCACGUUGACCGAUGUGCAAGAUCAGAACCAAUGGCAGUUUGCAAUGCAGCAAUAUAACAAAUCGUUGGCUUUGGUAAGCAAGUAUAUCAGCAAUCUGCAACAGAACACAUCAGAUGAUGAUGUGCUCGUUGUACUUGUGGCUUGCUUACUACUCUUCACCUACGAAGCUUUCUCUGGGCAAGAUGCGAUGGCGUCACUUCACUUGAAGACUGGUCUGCGUAUCAUUCACGAAAGAUGCUGUCCGGUCGAUAGGCCGCGGACACCGAACGACAGGCAUGUAGUGGUCGUAAAGCCUUGCCCCAAGAGCCUUUUCGACGUCCUUGUACAGAUCUUCGUACGACUUGACUCGGAUUAUACCUUGACUGGGCACGAUGAUCCAUACCUCUACCCCAUCUGCGAAGAACCCAUGCCUUCUUACUUCUCGAAUCCUGAUCAGGCCAGUUCUUACCUCGAAAUCAUAUCAGCGGAGAUUUUUGACUUCUUUGAUGCUAUUUACAUACACACUUAUCACAUUUUGGCCGAUCAGAGAGAUCUUGACAGCAUGAAUGAAGAUGAGCGAAACUGUCUCAUUCGUGCAGCCAUACGCACUGUGGAAGUUGACGACACUCUCAUCGAAGGCAUCAGUAAAUGUCGCCAAUCUUUGCUGGCCUGGAACGCUGCAUUUGCAGUAGUGCCACGAACUGACAAGAACGUUUUGUCGCAUAUGUCCACCCAGAUUUUCUUCUUCUGCGUCUGUUUUUGGAUGGAGACGUGGCGUGAUGAGACUCCAAUGUUAGUUGAUCGUUUCGAGGGUCAAUUUGAGUACUUUACCGGUCUUUGCGAGGAGUUCCUCGACCGACAUGUCGCGAAUACGCCGUUCCGCAGCACUCUCACCACCUUCAAUGCCAAAGGCCUGGACCGGAUAGACACACCACCAGCAUUUUCUCUGGGUUCCGGCGUCGUGACCUGUUUAGUCGUCAUUGCAGAGAGAUGUCGCACCUCGUCCAUCCGACGACGUUGCAUCGCAACUCUACGGAAGAUCAACCUCAGGGGAAUAUUUGACACCGACUAUCUCAUCGCCUAUCUGGAAGCCAUUGUCAAUCAUGAGGAAGAAACCGCACGGCAAUGCAGUCCGUAUGUCGACCUUGGUUCUGACCUGAAAGCGUGCGAUAUUCCUGAGGCUGCCAGGUUUCUCGAAGUCGUGAUGUCUCCCUCUUAUCAUGCCUCGAACUUUGAUUUCUACAAGAAAAAGCGUGUGGGCCUGGUAUAUGUGACUCCCACAUUUGGUGUCAUCGAGGAUUUCCUGAUUGGAAGAAAGUCGAUUCAAUUGUGUUGAAAAGAGUAAUGCUUCGGGGCUCAGGGAUGAACGACAUUAUCAGAAGAUAGAGACAACGCAGGGCGGAUAAAAAGAAGCGCUUGGUCAUCCGCUGCUAUAGAAUGGUGUAUAAUGGUGUCAUGCAUUAGAGUGCAGUCCUGAAUGUUUGUAAUAGAUUGCCUCAUUUAUAGAUUCAUGGGUAUCACCUUUUACCGUCCG